AUGGCCGCCCCUCAGCUGCCAGCAUCGCAUUCAGACACCCCGACCAAAGCUCCCUCGCAGGACUCUUCGACACUCAACCUGAUCUCCUCCGUUUUGGACUUCAUUCGUGGGAAUCUGGGCAACAUCCUCGAAACUUGGGGCCGUGAUUCCCCACAGUACCAGUCAGCCAGUGUAAUUAUGCAAGCGUAUCUGGCUGAGAACGUGAAGCGGAUCAAAGGCAAGGUCCAAGAAGGUGAGAUCGAGGCAUUGAUGCAGGGGUUAUCACUGGAAGACCGUCAGGGGACAUGA